AUGUUACAUCCAAAGAUUCAAAAAGAUCUUGUUACUUGCUUUGGGGAAGAGGUGUUGAAAGAUGUUAUUGGGGAAAUUGGUGAUGAUGUAUUUGCUUUGUUGGUGGAUGAGUCUAGUGAUGUCUCUAGAAAAGAACAAAUGGUCGUGGUUUUGAGGUUUGUUGACAAAGUCAGAGUUGUUCAAGAAAUAUUUGUUGGCAUUGUUCAUGUCAUGGAUACAUCUGCUGUAAGUCUUAAAUCUGCCUUGGAUGCUUUAUUUGCAAAACAUGGAUUAAGUUUCACAAAGGUGCUUGAAUAUGUCGAAGAUGAUGGUGAUAAUGGAGCUAGUCGGCUUCAAGCAAGAGGUCUUUUAUCAUACUUAAAGWCAUCUGAAUUUGUGUUUUAUAUGCACUUGAUAUCAACGAUCUUAGGAUUAACAAAUUCAUUGUCUCAAGCUCUUCAAAGGAAAGAUGAAGACAUCUUGGAAGCUAUUGAUUUGAUAGGAACAACCAAAGGUCAAUUACAAAUGUUGAUGGAAAAUGGGUUUGAUCAAGUUUUGGAGAAAUGCUACUCUUUUUGUGAUAAACAUAAGAUUGUGAAGUUGGAUAUGGCUGAAGCUUAUGUUAAUACAAGAAAUUCAAGGAAAAAGAUGAACAUUACCAAUCAACAUUAUUAUAACUAUGAUAUAUUCAACACUGUUUUGGAUAUGCAGAUCCGAGAGUUUGGUGAUCGUUUUCGUGAGAUAAGCACCGACUUGCUUCAAAAUAUGGCGGCUUUGAAUCCACGCAAUUCGUUUUCUCAGUUUAACAAAUCAAGCCUAUUGAAGUUGAGUCAGAUGUAUCCCCGAGAUUUUGAAGACAAGGAAAGGAUCAUUCUUGAGCAUGAACUUGAUAUGUACUAUCAUUCUGUUUAUAAUGAUGUCAGAUUUGCCAACUUAAAUGGUAUUGCCGACCUCGCCAGAUUAAUGGUGGCAACAAGAAAGCAUCUUUCUCAUCCUUUAGUCUACCGGUUAUUGAAACUGACACUGGUUUUGCCUGUUGCAACUGCUACGGUUGAAAGAUAA